CUCACCAUUGACACGACAAUGGCAUCACAUCUCAUUCUGCAUUGCAUUCGGAAGACACAUCACAUGUGAGGAUCUAAGAGUCCAUAUCUUGACUCGAUCCGGUCUUCGAGGUUCUGUUCAACCAUCCCUCAGCCGCUGCGGGACGAAAAGAUCUCCCGCGUUUUGAAUCAUCCUUGAACUCGUCGAAGGAUAAUCACUGGUCUCCGCAUCUCAUAUCUCUCACAAUGGUCUCCGCCAAACCUGUAGCGAUCGUAGUAGGAGCCUCAAGAGGAAUCGGCCGCCAGAUCGCCGUCGACCUCGCAAAGAACGGCUAUGCGGUCGUUGUAGCAGCCAAAACCAUCUCCGACCCCAAUUCGACUGCGCCCUUCCCUCCCGAUCCCAACUCCUCGGCCUCGACCAUCACCACCGUUGCUCGCGAGAUCACGACAGCCGGCGGCGAUGCCUUGGCCAUCCAGCUUGACGUGCGCUCUGCUGAUGACAUCGAGGCCGUAGUGAAGCGCGUGGCGCAGCAGUAUGGUCGCAUCGAUGUGCUUGUCUACAACAGCGGGGCGAUCUGGUGGUCGAGUGUUGCCCAGACGCCGAUGAAACGCUUCCAGCUUAUGCAGCGGGUGAACAUCGAAGGCCUCUACGGUAUGGUACAGGCGGUGUUGCCGCACUUGUAUCGAAACGGAGACGGGAAGAAAGGGGCGGGCAGGAUCGUGGUCGUGAGUCCGCCAGUGUACAGUCGGUUCUUCCGCGGCAAGACGGCGUACGCGAUGGGUAAGGUCGGCAUGUCAGUGUUGACGAUGGGCCUUGCGAUGGACUUUGAGCGGGAAGGGAGGAGCGAUACCAUGGCGAUUUCCAGCAUCUGGCCGGCGGCGGCCAUCAACUCCGCAGCGACGCAGAAGAACCAACGCCCGGAGCAAUUCGAGGAGAUGCAGCGGCAGCUCCGCCGCCCCGAGAUCUUCUCGGACGCCAUCCUCGCCAUCCUGCGGGCGCCGACCCCGGACGUCAACGGCAAGACCUUGCUGGACGAGGAUUUCCUGCGCGACCACGAGCACGUGACCGAUUUCUCGAAGUAUGCCCUGGUGCCGGGGACGACGCCCAGGCGGAUCAUGCCGGAGGCUUUCCCAGACCUGCGCGUCCGCGAGCAGGACGAUGAAGGAAACCGGGUGGACAGUGUGGAGUUGAGGAAGAAGGCGAAGCUGUGAGGGAGGGAAGGCUUGUGGGUCUGUGAUGCAUGUGUACUAGGGUUGGGCAUGUGGUUAGGGUUGUGGUUCUGGCAGAUUGUGGUUCUUGUUCAAGGCAUAAGUCAAUGAUGUAAACGAGUGUUCGCGGUUUACCACCAUCAGUUGAAGACUCUUUGGACGUGGUAAUGACGACGAAUGAUGGCCACAGUGACUGAAUUUCUCACCGGACCACCAAUCUUCCCUUGAUGAAAUGCUGGCAAUUUCCACCUCCCG